CGCUGAGACGACCAGGAGUAGUGGAGCUGAAGUCUGAAGCUCAACAUCGGCCUGCACCUUCACUGGUAACGUGUGUCCCACAUACGAUGUUGCUGCUGUACAUCGCCAUUUUAGGUUUUCCCUCUAUGUGCUAGGACUUUCGUUCUUCAGACCGACCGUGAUCGUUAAAAAAUCAUCUUUGUGACCAAAUCCCAACCUACAGCCAUUGAAUUCAUAUUAGAAACUGAAAUAAUACACCGAUUGAAACAGAUUCAACAACGGAUGGCAAAGAUUAAACCUUGUAUUUGUCCUGUAGAUUUUAAUUUGUAUUUGUACUCUUCCCAAACAGAGCCUUUUUAAUAAUUUCUGAGUUUACAGGCGUUUCUUCUUAGAGAGAGUAAGCAAUCAGAUUUAGGAAUUUCAUAAAUUUAUUCACUUGAUAUCCAUCUGUGUUUGAGCAGAUCUUGAGAAUAUAUAGAAAAAGACUUUUCAUUAAUCCUAAGUCUGAGCCAUACACAGAGAGACUAAUUUUUAACUACCAACCAUUCAAAGCACUCACAUCCGAAGAAGUUGCAGGAAAAAUGAAAGAAUGAUGAUAGAACUCAUCAUGAUUUUGAGUACUACGCAAAAAUGCAUGUUGCAUGAUCUCUAUCUACCGUUCAAUAUGAACAGAAAGAGAAAGUUCUAAUUUCUAAACUGAGGUAAGCCCUCAUGAUGAUGUCUUUUUUUCCUGUUUUUUCUUUUCAUAUUUUAUCUCGUCAUAUACUACACUGUGGUCGAUCAGUUAGAUCUUAUCCGAAUAUAUAUGCCCGAUGGAUCGACUUCAUUCCUGGGGAAGCUCGUGACGAAGAACCCAGGAAUUUUGUACUUGAAGUUUUCAGUAUUAAAGAAGACCAUUCAAUAGGCAAGAAAGCUGGAAUUACUAGAUGAAACCAGUUGGCUAAUUCCCAGAACCCAAUGUUUAAUUUAAUGGUGUUCAGAUCUCUGCAGGCUUAGUAAUUAAAUGGUUUGAAUGAUGGACCACGGGAGUUGUAGCGGCGGCGAGGAGGGUUUUGAAGUGGUCGGAGUACAGCAUCGGAGAGGGUUGCAGCGGUGGGAGAGGGUUGCAAUUUGCGUCACAAUGUAGCGUGUCCUGGGGAGAGAGAAAGCAGCUCAGAUACAAUGGAAAGAACUCGGCGGCGGAAUUUGGGAACGAUGGAAUGAAAAGAAAGGAGGAGGUCAGAAGGAUUAAACAAAUUUGAUAAAUACUUAAGUCCACACCACCCGUUAGCGUUCAUUUUCCGUUAGUUUCGAAGUGAGUGGGCGAACAUGACGUGGUCGAAAAGUAUUGGAUGGGACAGAAAAUUUUCUGUCCCUACGGGACAGAUGAUCCGAAUUGGGUUUUGUGUGUUCACUACAAUGGAAAUUUUCUGGUGGUUAAAGGUGGAAAAUUGAAUAGAGUUUCUGACCUCCUGGAAGCGGAGAUUAGAUGUGCGCAACUUUCUGCAUGUCUAUUGUCGAUAUCAUUUGAUUCAUUCAUACCUUUCCGGGUUCGAUGUGCGCAACUUUCCGCUCUUGAUUGUCUGACGCUCUCUCUGGCUAUUAUACCUUUCCGGCAAGAUGGAUUUACCCACGAUUCACAGUCCUGUUUUAUGUAAUUGAGGAGCUAAUUAGAUCGCUAGGAACCGUACAUUACUUGAGGGGAGGGGAGGGGACAGAAUCACAGAAUGAUGUUAGGUUCGUUGUUAUCGAAGGAGAGAGGUGGGAGGGUAAUUACAAGAAGUUUUAGGGUUUUCAGCAGCAAAUGCAGAAGAGCAGCGUUUGGGGUAAUGAGCUGGGGAGAUGGCAGCCAAGGUGCAUUGGGUUUGGGUUCCUGUUUGGCUGCUACAGCGGGAGUAGAAGAUGCCUAUGAACCCACACGGAUCGAAGGCCUGCCGGACGAUGUUCUGAGUAUCGGUGCCGGCCACUACCACUCCCUUGCUGUGACUGCUCAAGGUGAGGUCUGGGCUUGGGGCAGAAACAAUGAAGCGCAGCUCGGCCGAGGUCUUUCAUCUCCUAGAGAAUCAUGGAAUAGACCAGAGAAAGUACUGGGAUUGAAUGGAGUAAGAACUAGAGCUGCAUUUGCAUCUGGUGUUGUAUCUACAGCCAUUGGCGAGGACGGUUCAGUGUGGGUCUGGGGGAAGUCCAAGCGCGGCCAACUAGGCCUUGGUCAAGGUAUAACCGAAGCUGUGCUACCUUGCAGGGUCGAAGCACUUGCAGCAAAUCACAUUGUGAAGGUUUCACUUGGGUGGGGUCAUGCUCUCGCCCUAUCUAAGGAUGGACAAUUGUUUGGAUGGGGUUAUUGUGCAGAGGGCAGGUUGGGGCUGAUUGGGAAAGAAGCUGAAGUCCAGCAGUCCACGUCCCCUCGCCUUUCCAGAGCUACAACCGUACCACCCAAACUCUCCAGUUCAGCUCUGGAAAUGGCGGAGAAGCAAGUUUUGGAGGACAUGAAUGCAGAGAAAAACAUGUCCAUCAUAUGGGAGCCUCGUCUUGUAGAGGAACUCCGUGGUGUUCCCGUCUUAGAUAUUGCGUGUGGGCUUGACCAUUCUCUGAUCCUUUGCCGGAAUAACGCCCUUCUGAGUGGUGGAAACAAUACAUACGGUCAGUUGGGCAGAUCAAAUGAAGGUCCGUGGUUGCUGCCAGUUGAUAUGCCCUUUCGGCCACUGUCGAUAUCAUCAGGCCUUGGACAUUCCUUGGCAGUCUGUGAGGUUCCGAGAUCCGAGGUCGAUGGAGAGCCCACAACAGCCAUUGUCUCGUGGGGAUGGAACAGGAGCUCUCAGCUUGGAAGGCCUGGGCCAGAGCACAUCCCGGCAAUAACAGAGGGACUAGCAGGAGAAAUACCCAUUUCAGUGUCUGGUGGGCGCGCACAUUCCAUUGCUCUCACCUCCAAGGGGAAUCUGUGGGCCUGGGGUUGUGGAAAAAAUGGAAGACUUGGGUUAGGAAGCUCAGCUGAUGAAGUUGAACCUGCUCUGGUUGAAUCCUUGGAAGGUUUUGAACUUCUGCAAGCUGUAUCUGGUUUUGACCAUAGUUUAAUCUUGGUUGCUGAGUGAUUUAAAUGGUGGCUUCGUUUUCCAACAACUCUAAGACUGCCGACAUUAGUCCAAUUCCUGUCUGACUUUCUUGUGGUUCACCUUCACAUGAAGUUUUUUGUAUGAUACAGUAGUAUUUAUUUCUCUAUCCUGAUAGUAUGAAUUGAAAGGAAUGAUCUCAUAAAGAAGAAAGGAAUAUUGUCUAUUUCUAUAUC